CGGCACCGUUUCUAAUCCGAACCCUCCUCUCUCGUCUCUUCUUUUGAACAGCAGUAGAUUAUCGAAAUCGGACAGACAGAGACCGACUCCAAAUAAAAAAUAGAAAACAAAAUAACCUCAACCAGAAGAAGAUUUUCCACAAUCCGCUUCGGCUUUCGGCGGCGGAUCUUAGCGGAGUCUGUUAAUCGGAAAAUAUCCUUCCUCGUUCUUCUCCUCUCCGCCUUACCAAAAAACCACCGCAGCUCGUUGAAGAACACAACGGAAUUGAACUUGGUCUGCUUCUAUAGGGAAAUUGCUGUUAUCUCGUAGUGGCAGCAGCAGCGGUAGCGGCAGCCUGUUGAUCCGAGAGGAUAUAGUAAGCUGCAAUGCGGGAAUAUGCAAGAGAUGAAUAUGAAGAUUAUGAUGAGUAUGAGGAAGAAUACGAGCAAGAUGAAUACGGUGAAGCAGAGGACGAAUAUGAAGAAGAAGAGGAAGAAAAAGAGCGAAAACCAAGUGCAGAGGAACUAGAAUACCUCGAGUUGAGGGCACGCCUUAAAGAACAAUAUAGGAAGAAACUGCAGAGAGAAAAUGGUACUGCUGCUUCCAGAUCCCAGGAAUUGAAGAAGAAAGUUCCUUUAGAUAAAUUUGGGUCAUUCUUUGGUCCUUCUCAGCCAGUUAUUGCUCAAAGAGUAAUUCAAGAAAGCAAGUCGUUGCUAGAAAACCCACAUUUGGCAUUCAAAGCACUGAAUCCCCAGAAGGAGAAGGUCUCUUCUUCGAAUGGCACAGGUCCAAAGAAUGGCGUAAAUGAGCGAGUGCAUAAAAUCAGGAAUGAGAUGAAGACAAAAGUCGAAAAACUUAAAAAUACGAGAGAUUACUCUUUCCUGCUAUCUGAUGAUGCAGAACUCCCAGCUCCUAGCAAACAGCCUGUGCCUCGAAACAUCAAUGUCCCUAAAUCUGAGGCGCGACCUGCUCACGUGCCACAGAAGAGCAGACAGCUAUCAGGCAAUAGCGUUCGAGAUAUUGUUGGUGGUCGUGAAGAAAGGAAAUCAGUUCCUAUGAAUGGGCAAAUGCAUUCUAAAUCAGGGCCCUGCCGACCAACUUCUAUGAACAAAACAAUUUCAAGACCAAUGGAUUCAAGAAGGCAGCCUGGUAGCAAUAGUGGGAUUGGACCCGGGAGGCCUGCAGGGUCAAAAGGCUUGGUUCCAAAGAUGCCUCUUGCCACUGUGGAGAGGAAGGCCCCUGCACCAGCUCCAAAAACCAUCAUGCCUGCUACACGCAAACCUCUACCUCCACCUCUUAAGCCUCGGCCUUCUGUUCCAAGGCAACAUGUCGAACAGAAAAAGACAUUACAAGAACCAAAGAAGAAUGUAGCAAUGCCAAAACGUCCUGUGGAGUCUUCAAGACAUCAGAUUAAUAAGCCUUUGAAGCGGAUACCAUCUCAUGCACUGCAAGAUAAUCGUCCCAAGAAAAAGCCUGCCAGACCAUUUUAUGACGAUGUUGCUGCUGAUGAUGAAGAGGCUAUUCAGAUGCUUAGACAGAUGCUUGGGCCUAAAAGAUGGAAUGCAGCUGAUGAUGAUGAUGAUAUUAGUGACAUGGAAGCAAACUUUGAUGAGAUCCAGCAAGAAGAGAAGAAAAGUUUGAAAAUUGCACGGAAAGAGGACGAGGAACAACUCCGUCUGAUAAUGGAAGAGGAGCGGCGUGAGCGGGAGAGAAAGAUGAGUAAGAAGAAAAAGCUGAUGCAACGGUGACAGUACCUCUUUUUAUACCCUGUUGGAGUCUUCUAGUCCCAUUCAGCCCUGCAUCACUACGUAUGCUGUAAUUUGGGACUCUUGAUUUUUAUUCAAUUGUAGAAAUGUAACGCCCAUUUUAGAUGCAAUUUUAAUUUUAUUGAUAACAUGUGAGUGUAUUUUUGGCAGACGCAUUUCUUUUAACUUUAGGAUUUAGGAAUAAUGUUGCAGUGUGCGAUAGAUAGUUGGGGGCAGUUUACUUGUACAAUAACAUAAAUGGAAAUGUGAUCUCCUUAUCCUCACAUAACUGAGCAAUGACUAUGGGACUCGGGCUUGCUUGA